GACUCCAGUGGACAGGAUUAAGCUGUGAAUGAACCUCCCGGACUCCGGAAUAUGAUACUAGAGCACAGCCUUUGAAUUUUUCUCUAAAGCUGGACUUGAAAAUGAGCUUCAGAAACACCUCACUCCAACUAGACUUUCUAUUACCCUCGGAACUUCUUUACCUUCCCUUCUGUUAUUAAGUUCAUGAACUCUGAUCCUUUUAGAAUUAGAAGGGAACUCAGAAGUCUCAGAGUGUGGCUGUCUGUAGAUUUAACCCAGAGACUGACUUCACCAUAGAAACACCCACAGUUGUAUCAAUGGUUGGGGCAAGAUAGUGGCAACAGGCAAAGGAAGAACAGCUCUGACACACUAAGGACAAUGAGUAUGCUAAAGCCAAGUGGGCUUAAGGCCCCCACCAAGAUCCUUAAGCCUGGAAGCACAGCCUUGAAGACGCCUGCUGCUGUUGUAGCUCCGGUAGAAAGAACAACAUCCAAUGAGAAAGCAUCAAACACACCGUCCUCUGAGGCACAAGAGGAGUUUGUGGACGACUUUCGCGUCGGGGAGAGAGUUUGGGUGAAUGGGAAUAAGCCUGGAUUCAUCCAGUUUCUGGGAGAAACCCAGUUUGCCCCAGGCCAGUGGGCCGGGAUUGUUUUAGAUGAACCCAUAGGCAAGAAUGAUGGUUCGGUGGCAGGAGUUCGGUAUUUCCAAUGUGAGCCUCUAAAAGGCAUUUUCACCCGCCCUUCAAAGCUGACAAGGAAGGUGCAGGCAGAAGAUGAGGCUAACGGCCUGCAGACAACGCCUGCUUCCAGAACGACUUCGCCUCUGUCCACCUCCACAGCCAGCAUGAUGACCCCCUCCCCAGUAGCCCCUUCAAAUAUCCCCCAUAAAUCAGCCCAGCCAACAACAAAGGAACCUUCAGCUACGUCUCAGAUCAGCAACCUUACAAAAACUGCCAGUGAAUCUAUCUCCAACCUCUCAGAGGCCGGUUCCAUCAAGAAAGGAGAGAGAGAGCUCAAAAUUGGAGACAGAGUGUUGGUUGGUGGCACCAAGGCUGGUGUCGUCCGGUUUCUUGGGGAGACAGACUUUGCCAAGGGGGAAUGGUGUGGUGUGGAGUUGGAUGAGCCUCUUGGGAAGAACGAUGGGGCAGUUGCUGGAACCAGGUAUUUUCAGUGCCAACCCAAAUAUGGCUUGUUUGCCCCUGUCCACAAAGUGACCAAGAUUGGCUUCCCUUCCACUACACCAGCCAAAGCCAAGGCCGCUGCCGUGAGGCGAGUGAUGGCAACCACCCCCGCCAGCCUGAAGCGCAGCCCUUCUGCCUCUUCUCUCAGCUCCAUGAGCUCGGUGGCCUCCUCCGUGAGCAGCAAGCCCAGCCGGACAGGAUUAUUGACUGAAACCUCCUCCCGUUACGCCAGGAAGAUCUCCGGCACCACUGCCCUCCAGGAGGCCCUGAAGGAGAAGCAGCAGCACAUUGAGCAGCUGCUGGCUGAACGGGAUCUAGAGAGGGCGGAGGUGGCCAAGGCCACGAGCCACGUGGGGGAAAUAGAGCAGGAGCUAGCUCUGGCCCGGGACGGACACGACCAGCAUGUCCUGGAGUUGGAGGCCAAGAUGGACCAGCUGCGAACAAUGGUGGAGGCGGCCGACAGGGAGAAGGUGGAGCUUCUCAACCAACUUGAAGAGGAGAAAAGGAAGGUGGAGGACCUUCAGUUCCGGGUUGAGGAAGAAUCCAUCACGAAAGGCGAUCUUGAGCAAAAGAGCCAGAUUUCUGAAGAUCCUGAGAAUACGCAGACCAAACUGGAGCAUGCCCGCAUUAAGGAGCUUGAACAGAGCCUGCUCUUUGAAAAGACCAAAGCUGACAAACUCCAGAGGGAGUUAGAAGACACUAGGGUGGCUACGGUGUCGGAAAAGUCCCGUAUAAUGGAACUAGAAAAAGACCUAGCAUUGAGAGCACAGGAGGUAGCUGAACUGCGGAGGAGGCUAGAGUCCCAUAAGCCUGCUGGGGAUGUUGACAUGUCAUUCUCCUUUUUGCAAGAGAUAAGCUCUUUGCAAGAAAAGUUAGAAGCCGCCCGUGCUGACCACCAGAGAGAAAUCUCUUCUCUGAAGGAGCAGUUUGGAGCCCGUGAAGAAACACAUCAGAAGGAGAUAAAGGCUCUUCAGGCUGCCACAGAGAAGCUUUCCAAAGAGAAUGAGUCCUUGAAAAGCAAGCUUGAUCACGCCAACAAGGAGAACUCUGAUGUGAUAGUCCUGUGGAAGUCCAAGCUGGAGACGGCCAUCGCGUCCCACCAGCAGGCGAUGGAGGAGCUGAAGGUGUCCUUCAGCAAAGGGGUCGGGACGGAGACAGCAGAGUUUGCCGAGUUAAAAACACAGAUAGAGAAGAUGAGACUAGAUUACCAGCACGAAAUAGAAAAUCUGCAGAACAAACAGGACUCUGAAAGAUCUGUUCACGCGAAAGAGCUAGAAGCCCUCAGAGGUCAGCUGAUGGCGGUCAUUGCAGAGAAGGAGAGCAGCCUGGAAGCCCUCAAGGCGAAGCUGGACAGAGCGGAAGACCAGCAUUUGGUAGAAAUGGAGGACACCUUAAACAAACUGCAGGAAGCUGAAAUAAAGGUAAAGGAGCUAGAGGUACUACAAGCCAAAUGCAGUGAACAAACCAAGGUUAUUGAUAAUUUUGCAUCACAGCUCAAGGCUGCUGAAGAAAAGCUCUUGGAUCUUGAUGCACUUCGGAAAGCCGGUUCCGAAGGUAAAUCGGAAAUCGAGAAACUUAGACAGCAGCUUGAGGCUGCUGAGAAACAGAUAAAAAAUUUAGAGAUUGAAAAGAAUACUGAAAGUGGCAAGGCUAGUAGCGUUACCAGAGAGCUGCAGGGGAGAGAGCUAACACUUAAUAACCUUCAGGAAAACUUGCGUGAAGUCAGUCAAGUGAAAGAGGCUUUGGAAAAAGAACUUCAGAUUUUGAAAGAAAAGUUUGCUGAAGCUUCGGAGGAGGCAGUCUCUGUUCAGAGAAGCAUGCAAGAAACUGUAAAUAAAUUACACCAAAAGGAGGAACAGUUUAACGCACUGUCUACUGAAUUGGAGAAGUUGAGAGAAAAUUUAACAGAUAUGGAGGCAAAAUUUAGAGAGAGGGAUGAAAGAGAACAGCAGUUGAUAAAGGCGAAGGAAAAGUUGGAGAACGACAUUGCAGAAAUAAUGAAGAUGUCCGGAGAUAAUUCUUCUCAGCUGACAAAAAUGAAUGACGAGUUACGUCUGAAAGAAAGAAAUGUAGAAGAAUUACAGCUCAAACUUACCAAGGCUACUGAAAACGCAAGCUUUCUGCAGAAGAGUAUUGGGGAGGUAACUCUCCAAGCAGAACAGAGCCAGCAGGAAGCAGCCAAAAAGCACGAGGAGGAAAAGAAAGAGCUAUUGAGGAAGCUGGUGGAUCUGGAAAAGAAGAUGGAAAUGAGCCACAACCAGUGCCAGGAUCUGAAGGCCAGGUUUGAGGAGGCCAGUUGUGAGACAAAGGCGAGGCAUGAAGCCGUCGUGCAGAGCCUGCAGAAGACACUGUCGGACAUGGAGGAGAGGCUGAGGGCCGCGCAGAAGGAGAACAGCGACUUGAUGCAGGAGAUGGCAGAACUGAAAAAGCAAGCCGACAAAGCCAAAUCGCUAACUUAUUUGUUAACAUCAGCCAAAAAAGAAAUUGAACUAAUGUCAGAAGAGCUGAGGGGUCUGAAAUCAGAGAAGCAGCUUCUUGCACAGGAGGGAAAUGCUUUAAAGUUAGAAAAAGGUUCACUUUUAUCAAAGCUGGUAGAGGUGGAGGCCAAAAUAACUUUGCUUCAGGAAGAUCAACAGAAACUGUGGUCGGUCAAUGAAACGCUUCAUUUAGAAAAGGAGAAAGUCUUAGAAGAAAAACAAGAUGCUGAAAAGCUUUAUCGGCAGGAGCAGGUCCAUAAGGAAUCCUUAGCCGUUGAGAGAGCGCAGUUACUGGGAGAAAUUAACACGGCGCAGGAAGAACUCUUGAAGAUCAGUAUGGAAAACGACUCUUUGCGGGCUUCCAGAGCAAGAGUGCAGGAGCUCGUGGAACAGCUCCAGCUCAGCAAAGAUACUUUGAUUGCGGAAUCUAAGAAGGAUCAGGAGGAAAAAAAUCACCUGGAGGAUCACAUCAAGAAGCUCGUUACUGAAAACCUUGCCUUGGCCAAAGAUAAAGAUGAAAUUAUUCAGAAGCUCCAGAGCUCUUACGAGGAGCUGGUCAAAGAUCAGAAAACCUUGGUGCAGGAGAUCGAAGAUCUCACCACUGAGAAAAAGUCAGCUUUGGAGAAGCAGUCAGGUCUUGAUAACAUGUGCCUCGCCUUAAAAGUGGAAAGAGAAAAUCUUCUCCAAAGCAGCAAAGAUCUGCAGUUUGAGAAGGACGUGCUCCUUCAGGACCAGGAAAAGCUGAGUGCCAGCCUGGAGGCCGCCCUCCAGAUCAAGCAGCUGCUCAGCACGGAGGCCAGUGGGCUCCGCACGCAGCUGGACGAGGCCCAGCGGGCUCUGAGGAAGGCAGAGCUGGAGAUGCGGCAACUUCAGGCCACGAACAGCAGCCUCACCAAGCUCCUGGAAGAAAUCAAGACCAGUCGGGAGAUCACAGACUCUGAGUGCAUCCAGCUUCUGCAUGAGAAAGAAACCUUGGCUUCCUCUGAGAGAAAACUCUCGGCUGAAAAAGAAGAACUCCUAAGUGAAAACAGGCUCCUUGCUGAAAAACUGAAGAAGUGCUCAGAGGAGGCCGCCCAGGUCGAGAUGAGCCUGAACGAGAAGAUCGCGUUCCUCACUUCUGAGAAGGAGGUGGUCUGUCAGAAGAUUACCAAGCUCAAAAAGCAGCAUGACAGUCUCUUGAAGGAAAAGUCUGUCCUGGAAAUGCAGAAUGGAGAUUUGCUUGCAGAAAGGGAGAAUUCCGUGAAAACCAUGGGAGAUCUCCAAAGGAAGUGUGAUCAGGAGUCCGCCAGCAGAAGAAUCAUGGUGCACGAGAAGAUGAAACUCCUUGGGAAUCUCGACACUCUGGAGAAGGAGCUUCAGGAGAGGAAAAGGGAAAACCAAGAGCUGGCCGCCACCAAGCAUGAGCUCUCUCUGAUGCUGAAAGAGGCCCAGAAUGCCAGGAAGAGUCUAGAAAAAGAGCACACGAGCACCCUGCAAGCCAAGGAGAGCCUGAAUGCUGAGCUUCAGACGUGCUGUUCUGAAAAGAACAUCCUGCUGAGGGAUGGGCUGAACCUACAAGAAGAGUGUCAGAGGCUGAAUGAGGAGAUCCGCGCCGUGCAGCAGUCCUUUGUCCGGGAGCAGGAAGCCAGAGCGCAGGAAAAUGAGUCGUCCCUGUAUGAAAACAAUAAGCUUCAGGGGCGGAUGGCGCUCCUAGAGCAGGAGCUGGAAGAGUUAAGAGUGUGUACUAAACAGCUGCAGUCUGAAAAGUUCGUGCUUGUCCAAGAGAAGAGCAAGUCAGAGCAGAAAGUGGCAGAGAUAAUUAAGGAGAAGGAGCUCUUGAGUGCAGAAACAGCUCGGCUUGCUGCCAACAUAGAGACUCUGAAGAGCGAUUUCAGCACCUUGUCCAAGUCCAAGUUAGAGCUGCAGGAGCUGCACAGCUACCUCACCAAGAUCCUGGACGAUCUCCGGCUCAAGCACGAGAUGACGCUGGCCGACCGCGCCAAGGUGGUGCAGGACAACAAGAACCUGCUGGCCGAGAAGAGAGACAUGAUGCUGGCCAAGGAGGAGCACCUGAAGGAGAAGGAGAAGCUGGCAGAAAGCUACUUCAUCCUUCAGAAAGAGAUUAGCCAGUUGGCCAAAACCAACAGCCACAUCUCAGCCAACCUCCUAGAAUCUCAAAAUGAAAACCGUACUUUGAGGAAAGACAAGAGCAAGCUCACUCUUAAAAUUAGAGAGCUCGAGACUCUUCAGUCAUUUACGGCUGCUCAAACGGCAGAAGACGCCAUGCAGAUAAUGGAACAGAUGACCAAAGAGAAGAGCGAGACUCUGGCCUCCUUGGAGGAUACCAAGCAAACAAAUGAAAAACUACAGAAUGAAUUGGAUACACUUAAAGAAAACAACUUGAAAAAUGUGGAAGAGCUGAACAAGUCAAAAGAACUUCUGACAGUAGAGAACCAAAAAAUGGAAGAGUUCAAGAAAGAAAUGCAGCUGGUGAGGGAGGAUGUGAGCAGCAGGAGAAGAUUCCCUAACCAACCUCCCACUGCCAUAACCCCACCUGUGAGCUCUCUGGGCCGCACUAGAGAAACCCUCAAGCAGGCAGCAGCUCAGAAGUCCCAGCAGCUUUCGGCAUUGCAAGAAGAGAACGUGAAACUUGCUGAGGAGCUGGGGAGAAGCAGGGACGAAGUCACAGGUCAUCAGAAGCUAGAAGAGGAGAGAUCUGUGCUCAAUAAUCAGUUGUUAGAAAUGAAAAAGAGAGAAUCCAAGUUAAUAAAAGACGCAGAUGAGGAAAAAGCUUCCUUGCAGAAAUCCAUCAGUAUUACUAGUGCCUUACUCACCGAAAAGGACGCAGAGCUGGAAAAACUGAGGAAUGAGGUCACAGUGCUCAGGGGAGAGAGCGCCUCCGCCAAGUCCUUGCACUCGGUCGUUCAGUCUCUGGAGUCUGAUAAGGCGAAGCUUGAACUCCAGGUCAAGAACUUGGAGCUCCAACUCAAAGAAAACAAGCGGCAGCUCAGCAGCUCCUCAGGCAAUACUGAUACUCAGGCAGAAGAAGACGAAAGAGCCCAGGAGAGUCAGCAAAUGAUUGAUUUCCUGAAUUCAGUAAUAGUGGAUCUUCAGAGGAAGAAUCAAGACCUCAAGAUGAAGGUGGAGAUGAUGUCCGAAGCAGCCCUUAAUGGGAACGGCGAUGACCUAAACAACUAUGACAGUGACGACCAGGAGAAACAGUCCAAGAAGAAACCUCGCCUCUUCUGUGACAUAUGUGACUGCUUUGACCUCCACGACACAGAGGACUGCCCCACCCAGGCACAGGCGUCAGAAGACCCCCCCCAUUCCACACACCACGGCAGUCGGAGCGAGGAGCGCCCGUACUGUGAAAUCUGUGAGGUGUUCGGGCACUGGGCCACCCACUGCAAUGACGACGAGACAUUCUGAUGGGACCCCCAGCCUCACGCCGGGCUCCUCAGGGGCAUGAGCAUGUAGGCAACAGAACACCAGCAUCCUGUGUGCAGACUUCGGGAGAACCCAUGUUAUUUUUGACCCCCAUCCACAAAUCUAAGAAAAUAUUUUGAGCUUCAGUAAAUCACCCUUUUAGUCUCCCCUUAGAAUUUGAAAUAAUAAAUACUUAGUGGGUGAGUUUUCACCUCUAAUUUUUUCUUGAUUUUUAAAAGUUCUGACAAGACAUUGCACCAGAUGCCAUUACAUUUACUGCCCCGAGGGAACCCUCCUAGAACAAUCCCUACCCUCACAAUACCUUAUUUAAGUAACUUUAAAUUAUGCUGUUACUUUUCAUAUUUGCACUAAAAAUUUCCAGGCUGCGUUUGUAUAUUUAGAUGUUUGGGUUAAGCUCUGACACUGGAAUGAGUUGGAAAAAUGUGCCAUUUUGCAUUUUCAUCUACUCAUUUAAAGUAUUUUAUUCUUAAAGAAGUAUCUGAGCUCUUUGCACUACCUGUUGUCAGUAGUGCCUUUAUUUCAGGCUUGAUAAUACUUGGGUGUGAUUAUAAAAUCAUGAAACAGGUAAAGGGAGGGGGAAGCCCCAACUGCUGUGGGGACAUUUUAUAAUCUAUAUGCUGCACCUACUCACUCUACUGUGCUGUUUUGUUCAUUGGUUUUGCAUAAUUUCAGCUUCUAUAUAUUAUAUGUAUAUAUUUUUAAAAAAAUCUAUAUUUUGGGAAAGAACAAUGACUUUCUUUUCAGAUUUUUACCUUUAUGAAAAAGAAAACAUCAAGACAUGAUGAACUAGGCCAGAAUAUAACAUCACGUGGCUUUGCAACUGUUUUUUUCUGUUUUCACUUUGUUUCUUUAUCAGAUAUAAAUAACUAGGAGAGUUUUCUCCAACUCUGUUUCUUUCUCCAGCAGAUAUCCCCAGCAGUCAAUUAACUAGAUAAUAAGCCACAGUAAAACACCUAAAUUAACCAGUCUACAAUCUUUACAAGUUUUUUUACCGUGUUUUUAGAUGAAUGUACGAUGAGAAAUUCAACUUUAAUAAUUUUGGAGUUUCUUAUCACAAAAAAUAAAAAUGAAGGACCUCAACCAUCAGAAGUUUAUCAACCAGUUUGAAUCUAUUUAUCUUCAUUUGAAUGUCUUUUAGAAUAUGUAAAAAGUAAUAAAUGUGUCUUCCAUGCUACAUGUAUAAUAAGAACUUCUAUAAUUGUAUAUAUGCCUUUGAUGUAUUUUUCCCCUCAAGAUUAUCAAACGUGUGUCUGACAAGUGAAAAAUCUGUAAUGAGUUGAAAUUUUUGGUUAUAAACAUAUUAUAAUAGGAAGUGUUUCACAAACAAAAAUGUAAAGCAGUAUUAAAAUUUGAGAAAACAAGUGUUCUGUAUCUACUUUAAUAAAUGGUUCUUUUUUGCCAGUGGUAGUAAACUGA